AUGAGCUCAUUCUCGGUCAAGCCUGAUAAGUGUGCAAUACUGCAAGAGACAGUUAACCAAAUCAAGCAGAUCAAGAACGAGAGUGAAACAAGUGACGCUGUUCAGCAAAGUCAAGUGUCCUCCAGUAAACCAUCCAUUGUGUCCAUUGGAAGUGAUAUUGGCCCACUGAUACUGGAAGCUCUUGAUGGUUUUGUGUUCUUAGUAAACUGCCAAGGUAUUGUUGAACAUGUAUCUGAGAAGAUUUCAUUGUAUCUCAAGUAUACCCAGGAAGAAUUAAUUGGAAAGAGUAUUUACAACAUUAUUCAUGUUGGAGACCAUGCACAAUUUAGCAGCAAGCUACUUCCUAUGUCCUAUGGCAACUCGAGUGUCUGGCCAUCUGAUAAUGCUGUUGGUAAAGGGAAAACUUUCUUUUGUCGAAUGCUGAUCAAGCCUUCAGGGGAUGAUAGUGGUGAUGAUGCUCAGGUGGAGCAUAUGCAGAUAUCCACUGCAGUCCAGCCAUGCAUUGGGGAAAAAUUUUCUGAUUCUCAAGAGGAUUCAGAGCGUCAGUCUUGCUUACUCUGUAUAGCUAGGCGGGAUAAAAUGCAUGAUAAGUCAAAUACGAACAUGAAAAAAUUUACUACAAAACUUGAUUUACAAGGAAAAAUAAUUGCCUGUGACACUAGCCAAAUUUCUGGUAAUCAUAAUAAAUACUCAGACCUUAUUGGACGUCGCCUCCAAGACUUAUGUCACAGUAGUGAUGUACCUAAUGUAAACCAGCAUUUACAAGAUGUAUUGCAAAAUGGCCAGUACAAAAGCAACGUGUUCAGAUUCAAGUUGCAAGAUAAUCAUUAUGUCAACACUCAAACAACUAGUCAUCCAUUCACUAACCCCGUUAGUAAAGAGAUAGAGUGUAUAACUUCCACUCACAUCAUUCUUAGAGAAAGUGAAAAUGAACUGAAAUCACUGGGAAAUGCCUUGAAAAAUAAUAGUUCACAAUAUCAACAGUUUCAACAACAGGAUCAGUCUAGUAGUGGCAUGAUGCCACCAGCACCAGCUCCCUAUCCAGGAGAGACAGGAUCUGGAGUAAACAUUAACCCAGAUGGUAUGGACAUGCAUGUUGGGAGCAAUCCUAAUAGCCGAAUUGGCUGGGAGAUGUUCAACUCACAUGCACAACCGUCCAUGGAUAACAAUAUGUCAAAUAUGAACUAUGGUUCUCCAUCUGUGUCUUUGAUUGCAAUGGGUGGUUUCAAUAUAAGUAACACAGCACCCAACAAUUGGAACAAUGUAUCCACUCCUCGUAGUACUCAGAAUUCUGAAAUGAUAAAUGAAAAUAUGAUUCUAGCUAGCUUGGUUGGUGGUGAGCCUGCCAGUUCAAUGAAUAAGCACUUAUCCUCUUCAGGGAAUUUUCAGCAGCAACAAGCUGCUUUUGAUGGUGUACGAAAUCCAAAUUUUGCUGCUAGGGUACCUGGUGUCAGUGCCAAUAGACAUAGAAACCUUGUACAACACAUGGGAGGCCCAAGACCGCUUAACGCUCCAGCCUAUUCCCAGAGAAGUCCUAGUUCACAGAUGCCUCAGGGAAGAAAUCCCACUCUCUAUCAAUACCAAAGGAAAAAUAACUUACCUGCAGUAUCACCUACUGGUGCAAUGACAAGCCAACAGUCUACUUGGAACCAUCCUGCAGAAUAUUCCCCUAUGACAACUGCAGUACCACAUUGUGCAACCCAAACAAAUACUUUCAACAGCCAAGCACAAAACCGUAUGCGGCCUGAUGCCAAUUUUAUGAACAUUAAAACUGAAGCACAAUGUAUUGGUGACAAGAAAGCCAAUCAACGUCCACCAAAAUUAUGCCAAUUGCUCACUCAAAACACUUCUACUUCAGAUCAGAGUCCUGCGGCAAAGACUGAAAACUCUCGAGGUGAUGAACUGUGUGUGGGAGAGAAUAAUAAAUCUAGUGUCAAAUCUCCUGGUGGCAGUAUUGAUCAAUCACCGCAGCCGGGACCUGGUCAGUCACCUCAGGAAAAGCCACAGAGUACUUCAGGAAAUGAUGAAAUGGAUCAUAUGAAUACUGGAGGUGGUAAUGGUGUUUCAGGCCAAAAUGAUUCUAAACGUCCUGAUAUGAUUCUGAAAAAGUUACUCAGUAGAGAUGAAGAUGAAACAAACUCUAAACGACAUGAAGAAGAUAUACGUUCACCAAAUGAAGACAGUGCAAUGGAAGUUGAUAAAAAUGAAGCUGAGCCAAAAAAAUCUACAAAUAAUGAUGAAUUAUUAAAACAACUUCUUAGUGAUGACCAUCAAGCAACAUCUGAAGUUGGAAAGGUAGAUAAAAAUAAUCACAAAGAUUUACUCCAAAAAUUAUUACAAGAAGAUGAAGAGGAGGAGAUAAAGGCCACUGUUCCAGCCCAAAGUACUAGUCAAGAUCAAGAUAGCUCUCGUCAUCGUCAUGUAUCAGGACCUCAGUUUCCGACCACCACUCACACAGGGCUACCAGAGUCUACUUCCAGUGUCCCCCAUCGGACUAGUUUUGAUGACUCAAUGCUCAAACCGUCCGAAUUAAUAAAGUCACCUGAGAACGUACAUCCUGAUUUCCACAAUUUUUUCUCUUAUUGGGAUAAGGAUAAUUCAAAUAAAAUGAAGAAUGAAGGUCGAUCAAAAAGCAUUAAACGAAAAGCUUCAUUUGAUGCUGAUUCGAAUGACAUGCUAGACAGUGAGCCUACUACUUCAACUGACCCACCUAGCAAAGUGCUACAGCGUAAUGUCCUUCUUGCUCAGCUCCUUUCCAGAAAAACAAAUCGUGAGAUUGUUGUUAAUACUCAAAUUACAGCAAAUCCAACUGCACUACCAACACCACGAACACCAAAAGAUAAAGUUCUUCCACUCAAACCACUUGAUAAAAAAAGUAAUAAUGAUGUUUCUUCAACAGAAUGUGAAAAAGAAUGCAGUGCAGGCUCAAAUCUCCAUGAGCCUUCUCGGUCAUCAUCAGAAGCUCAUAUUCUCCAACAAGCGGUUGAUCUCCAAAAUGAUCUAGAUAAUGGUCAGCUGAAUACCAGUAAUCCAGGGAUUCCAGGCAUGCCAACAGGUGGAGUGGUCAACUCUAUGUCACAGCCCGUAAGAACUGGUUCUUCUGACCUUAAUCAGGAUGACACAUUUCUAUCUCAACUAGAACAUGACUUUACUGACACAAAUUUACAGUUAAUGGAAUUAGAAUCAAAUUUGUUUAAUUCUUCAAACCAAACCGGAAGUAACAGCAACUUGGACCUUCAGGAGAAGAAAGCCAUUGAAGCUAUCCAGAAGCAGCUGAUGAGUUUAGAACCAAUGGCAGGAUUUCCUGAUAAUCAAGCAUCUGCUGUAUCUGGUAAACCUGGUGUAUCCAUGUCAGCUGCACCAUUAGGGGCUAAUCAACUUGCAGCAAGUGGACAGGCAGGAGUUGGAUCUUAUAGCCAUGAUGCAGCUGGUAUGACCCAGCAAGGUCUUGCAAUGCAGGAAAUACAAAACUAUUCACAUCUUACUCAUCAGCAAAGUUUGGCCCUUGCUGCUGCCCAACAAUCACAGCAGCCACAACAACAACCGCCACCACCACCACCACCUCCUCCACCACCACCAUUCAGCCAAGCCGUUUCCCCAUAUGGGCAGGCAUCACCUCAGCUUACACAAGGUCCACCCCAAGCUUUACGAGGUGCUAGCCUACCAACUCAAGGGCCUCGACCUAUGCCAGGAACUAUGACCUUGCCUGCUAGGCAGGCAAUGAGUGAGCAGCAACAAAAACUGCGAAUGAGAAAACGUCAAAGAUUACAAGAUGAGCAACAUUUUAUGACUGCAAAGCAACAGCAACAUACUUUUACUCAAAUGUUUGCUACCAGAUUUCCUCAAACCAGAAUGGAUUCCAGCACGGUACAACCAUUUCCUGAAAACUUGGCUGAGUUGAUGAAAAGUGGCAAUGCACCUAAUGUAACUUUGCAGCGAAACCAGAGUCUCCCUGAACCAAUGUCACCACGUUACAGUGGUAUGCAACGACCUCAACAGUCAGUCAGUCCAAUGAUUGGCCCAGUAUCUUCUCCAUCCCAACUGUCACCUCACUAUACUCAGUCCACCUCAACCCAGUGGAAUGCACGUACUUCACAAACAGCUACAGCACUUCAGGGCUCUCUAGAAAGAGGAAUGCAUCCAGGCAGUGCACAGUUUGCAGCAGUUCCUCGUCACAGGUCAAUAUCUGGUAAUUCAUUAUCUAGUCCAAUGCAACAAGCUGGAAACCACUUUCAUUUUCCUCCUGAUUCUCAGUUCCCUGCUUCUCAGCCUCAAAUGUCAGUGUAUACUUCCCAGUCCCAACAGCAGCAGCAGCAGCAACAACAGCAGCAGCAACAACAACAGAUGUAUGCUCAAAAUAGAAUAAUUCACAGACAACUGAGCUUGCCUCCAGGUCGUGGUUCACCUCGAACACCUCACAGUCCAUUCAGUAAUAGUCCUGAUACCAUGUUAAUGUCCCCACAUGCUGUUUCACCUAACUCUGGAUUACGUCCCCCUCCAACACAGCAGCAAGCUGCCACAAGUCAAGUUAGCCCAACUUAUAACUCUAAUUACCCAUCAGCACAAGCUAUGUCAGGAGCAACAGCACCACCUCCACCUCCUGCUUAUACUCAGCCAACUUCUGCACAGUCAUCAGUACCAGUUGACAGUUUACCUGAUUUUGAAAUGCAGUUGUUGGAUCAUGCAAAUCUACAAGCAGGUACAGACAGCUUAAAAUCUACGUCAAGUGGCGAAUUGGGAACUGCUAUAGCUAAUACCUCCUCUAAAUCACAAUAUGUGAAGCAGGAAAUUCGCAACUUCUGCAAUGCUCGCUCAGAGAAACAAUCACAGCAACAGCAACAACAACAGCAACAGACAGAUUUACCACUACCACCACCACACUCACGGCAAGCUGCAGUGUCUACUCAAGCACAACUCACCACUCAACAGCAAACACAUGAGAAUGAUCUCAAUGAUCUUUUACAGAUCAUCAAAAAUGAUAUGCCUCAAACUAGUGCCCCUCCACCACAGCCCAUCAGUCAACAAACACCACAGCAGCAGUCUCAGUAUAAUACUAUCAAGGAAGAAGUUGUACCUCCUCAUCAAACCAUGCAACUUUGUUCUAGAUUUCGGGCCACUGUCGGACCAAAUGAAGAUAAUAAUAAAGCAAAUGCAUUAUUCCGUACUCAAUUGAUGAGUGGGAGUAGCAGCAACAGCAGAGGGGGCAGUCAGUCCCCAGUCAAACCAGGUGUUCCACCUCCACAUUCUCCUAAUUUGGUCAAUGUUAUACAUGGUGAACAUAGGCCAUGUGAAGACCGUAAAACAGAUGUUAAAGGAGGAACAGCAGCAGCAGUGCCUGUGAUUCAAACUCUGCCUUUUGUCUCUCUCUCUCUCUCUUUCUCUCUCUCUUCCAGCUAUCCCAAAACUGUUGGCACAGAUGGUUCCUUCUCUGAUUACUUCAUAGCAAUUAGUCUUUUCUUUUUCUCAUUUGUCUCACCUGAUCAUUUAAUUUUAAUUUAUAAUAAACUCUAUUGA